UGUAAUGUCUUUUCACUAUCUUGAUUUGUAGAUGCCUCAUCAUCUCCAUGAUCAUAUCUCUUAGGUUCAUAGGUUUCUGAAUAAAGAAAAAAAGCACAUUAGACUUGUCCUCUCGUUUCUUUCUUCUUUUCAUUUUAGUGGGUGCUUGUUUGAUGAUUGAAUGAAAAUUCUCAGUUUAUAAGGGUAGAACAAGGAGAGAAAAUGGUCUAAAUCAAAAUAAAUAGUUGAGAAUAUUCCUGAGAGAUUGUUUUGUUUUAUUUUUUUGACUGGGGAAAAAAAGAUAGAAUCAGAAUUAUUAUGCCAAAGGAAUUGGAUUCAAUGGUUCAUGUCCUCAUUACAUAAAAGUUAUAUUUAACUUGCUGAAUGUGAGUCUCAUACUCUCCUUGUUAUUCAUACAUCAAAGCUACUUUUCACCUUCUGAACUUAGGCUACUGUGUGGUGUUGUGCUCUUUUUUUCAAUGACUCUGGCUAAUGAUUUUGGAUAUUCAACCGCUAUGUCUUCAUCUUUCUCACCUCUACAUGCCACUGUAGAAGACAGAUACCGCAAGUUUCCAAACUCUUAUUGGGGUUCAUCAGGGCAGGAGCUGAUGAACAACCCUGUCCCCUAUCAGGUGGUCAGCUCUAGUGGUGGAUAUAUGUCUGGAUAUUGCAACGUUUCAGCCGUCUCAGCUCAUGGAAGGACUUCCCAGACACAGCCACCUGUCUCCACCAUGCCAAGUGACAGUUUGGCUAUGCAGUCUUCAUUGAUUAAUAAUCAUCACCCUCAGGAGUUUUCAGAUCCACUUGACGAGUUCUUUGAUUUCUCUCACCAUGUUUCUGCUCCUAAUCCACAAACAGAUGGUAGUGGAGUAAAGUUGGUUCCAUCCGUGGAGCUUCACGAGAAAAGCGAAUGGCAAACUUGGGCUGAUCAGUUGAUGUCUGUUGACAAUGGUUCAGAACCGAACUGGUCUGAACUUCUAGGAGAACCAAGUCCACACAAUCCAAACUCACAGGUUCAGUCAUGUCAUGAUUUGCAACAGACACCGACACCACCAAGGCAAGAGAUAAUAGCUAACCAGCAGCAUCAGGCGGUUUCCUCGGAAGAGCAGCUCGGUGGUAGAAACUCAUCAGCUAGUGGAGCAACAUCUAAACAGCGCAUGCGUUGGACACCAGAGCUUCAUGAGGCGUUUGUUGAAGCUGUUAAUCAGCUUGGUGGUAGUGAACGAGCCACGCCUAAGGCUGUUUUGAAGCUCUUGAAGAACCCUGGCUUGACUAUUUAUCAUGUUAAAAGCCAUCUGCAGAAGUACAGAACGGCUAGGUAUAAACCGGAGACUUCAGAAGCUACAGGAGAACCUGAAGAGAAGAAGAUCACAUCCAUUGAAGAUAUCAAAUCUCUUGACAUGAAGACGAGCGUUGAGAUCACACAAGCUCUAAGGUUACAGAUGGAAGUUCAGAAACGUCUCCAUGAGCAGCUCGAGAUCCAACGGUCCCUGCAGUUACAGAUCGAAAAACAAGGCCGACAGCUACAGAUGAUGUUUGAGAAACAACAGAAGUUACAAGAGAACAAGAGCUCUUCCUCAGAGCUAUCACCAAAGCAAUGUAAUGGCACAUCUGCAGAAGUAGAGUUUGGGGUCGAGACGCAAACCAGGAACCAAACUGAACCUGCUUUAGCAUCAAGGAAACGGACCAGAGAAGAUUAGUAGAUUAAAAACAUGCUUAAGGUUGAUUUGUGGAAAACCAAGAGAUGCAAUAACUCCAGUUUUGUUUUUAAAGAAAAUUGUUUCUUACUAGCUCUGUGUUUUGGUCUGUUUAGGAAGCAGUUGCUUGUAACACAAGUGAAGUACUUAAUUAUUACAAAUGCUCUCUUGUACAUAGAAUAUUGGAUUAAUCUGAUCUGAUCUGAUAAGAUGCUGUGUAGGAUUAUGGUUCACUUAUCAUCAGCUCUGUAAUGUAUUUUUUUUUUGUUUGGUUUGUCCUAUAAAUCUAUAAUCCUAUUGUGUA